UGCGUUGGAAGAGAAAAGAACCAUUAGCGAGGCAGAGAUAAUCUACGCCCACCUUGUAGGCUGAGAAAACCCGCACGAGAACCUGCUGUCCUGGGGAAAGUUGAACAGAGCGUAACCACCACCUGUUCAUCAUGCUCAAAGUUGUAUCCUGUGUGAGUGGCCGUUGGGCAGUUUUUACAGGACAUCCCGGCAAUCGGCUCCUUUCGGCUAAAAUCCUCCGGGCGAGCGGUCCAUCAUGUCAGAAAUCAGGUUUGAGAUGCUCUCCCUCAGAAAUACCAGAGAUGCCUUCUUGCAAUUUCAGUCCAGAGGAAUACAAGGGAAUGUCGAAAGCACGAAUGAUAGAAAUCCGCAAACAGAACUGCAACCCCAUGACCAUGAAGGUUACCUACUAUAAGAAACCAGUGUUCAUCCAUCAGGGAUACAUGCAGUAUCUGUGGGAUGUGGAUGGGACCCGGUAUCUGGAUAUGUUUGCUGGUGUUGCCACUGUAAGCGUGGGCCACUGCCACCCGAAGGUAAAUGCUGCUGCAGAAAAGCAGUUGAAAAAACUUUGGCAUACCACUUUAAUUUACGUCUAUCCUACUCUCCACGAGUACUGUGAAAAACUUGCCUCCUAUUUCCCUGAUCCUCUUCAGGUGGUUUUUUUGACAAACAGCGGCUCUGAAGCUAAUGAACUUGCAAUGUUUAUGGCUCGUCUCUACACUGGCAAUUUUGACAUAAUCACUUUCAGAGGAUCGUAUCAUGGUGGCAGUCCGAUGACCAUGGGUCUUACAUCAAACGCAGCAUAUAAAUACCCUAUUGCCAAUGGUUUAGGCUGUACAAAUACCAUGUGUCCAGAUGUGUUCAGAGGUCCAUGGGGAGGAAAGCACUGCAGGGACUCACCUGUGCAGACUACCAGAGAGUGUAGCUGUGCUCAAGGUCACUGUGAGGCGAAUGAGCAAUACAUCAAACAACUCAAAGAGACAUUAGCUACAAGCGUCCCUCCUAGAAUUGCAGCUUUCUUUGCAGAACCUAUUCAGGGAGUCGGAGGAGCCGUACAGUACCCUAAAAACUACUUCAAGGAAGCUUACAAACUUGUAAGAGAGAGGGGAGGAAUCUGCAUUGCUGAUGAGGUUCAAACUGGAUUUGGUCGAACUGGAAGCCACUUCUGGGGUUUCCAAGGACAUGAUGUCAUCCCUGACAUGGUUACAAUGGCAAAGGGCAUUGGUAAUGGAUUCCCUAUGGGAGCUGUUAUUACAUCACCAGAAAUUGCUGCUUCUUUUACCAAGGGAGUGCAUUUUAACACCUUUGCCGGAAAUCCUGUGGCUUCUGCAGUUGCUUCAGCAGUGCUUGAUACAAUUAUAGAGGAUGGCACACAGAAGAACAGCCUUGAUGUGGGCACCUAUCUAAUGACAGAGCUGGCAAAACUCAGAGACAAGUAUGAAAUCAUUGGCGAUGUUCGUGGGAAAGGGCUGCAGAUCGGUGUGGAAAUGAUUAAAGACAAGACCAGCAGAGAGCCGUUGCCUCCAGAAGAUAUGGCUGAGAUCUUUGAGGAUGUUAAAGAUAUGGGAGUCCUCAUUGGUAAAGGAGGAGUUUAUGGACAGAUCUUCCGCAUCAAACCCCCCAUGUGCAUCACAAAGGAAGAUGCCAACUUCUUUGUGGAAGUUUUUAACAAGUCUGUCCACAACUACAUGGAGAGAAGGUGAAAGCUUGGAUAAAGGUCAGAUGACUCAAAGGCGAGGACCGAGACAGAAAAAAAACAGCUCAUCAGUAAAAAAUGUUUUAUCUGUAAUAACAGCAAAACGUCACUUUUGACCACCUCUAUUAUCAGUCUUUGUAGCCGUUAUAAACGGAACUUUUUUAAAAGGUACUCUGUAAUCACAAGCUCUUAAUGCACUAAUUUUCCUGUACUAAAGACAUAAAUAUGUUCCUCAUGGUGAAUAUAAUCUAAUUAAUAAUCUGAUUAAGUACCUAAAAUUUGAUUUGUAUGGACACAUAUCUUGCUUUAAAUCUGAUUAGUUUGUUAUGAAUGUUUUAUCUUUAUAGGAACAAAGAUAGUUCUUUUUAAUUUGAGAUCAGCUUGUUUUCACAAGAUAACAGAAUGUGUCUUUGCAUUAUUAAUGAACUGAGAUUCAAUUAAAAUAAUCUGAUGUCAGUG